AUGCCAGGUGCCACGUUGCCAACAGCGACGUGGCAACCAAACGACAGACGACGAGACUUCGUCGUCCAUUGUUCUGUUCUUAUCAUCACGCCGCGACACGUCUGCCACGACGUCACCACAUCACCACAACCUCAUCACCGCGACACACCACGACAACCACACCACAACCACGUCACUACGACGUACCACGACCACGUCACUACAAUGUACCACGACCACGUCACUACAACGUACCAUGACACUUCGGCACUCUGCCACGUCACACAACCCCCACCACUGCAAACAACCACAGCCGCCCAACAGACGAACAACGACCAGCACACGCCAUGGCGCCAGAGCCAUGAGCGAGCCAGGCCACCUCACAGUCAGCGACGUGGGAACUAUGGGACGCAUACGGAUGACGAAUGA